AUGGAAGUCAAUUUGGCGCAUUGUGGUCCUCCGAAAUUACAACAUUUUAUUUGGAGUGCUGUAAGGGGUAAUUUGGCCGUGAAGGAUAGAUUGGUUUUUUGGCAUAUUACUCAAGAUUCGUCAUGCCAAGUGUGCGGGGCAGAGAAGGAAACAAUCAUACACUCCUUGCUCGAGUGUAAGGCUGCAAAGGACAUCUGGGCGCACUGUGAACAUUUUAGCAGCUUGGUUAAUGCUCCAACUUCCUCAUUUGCUGACCUUUGGACUUGGUUGAACUGCAAAUUCAAUAGGGAGGUGGUGAGGCAGCUGAUCACUCUCAUGUGGGCAGCUUGGAGGUGUAGAAACCUUGAUGUCUUCGAAGAAGAGUGCUUAUAUCCUGUCAUGGUUGCUGCGGGUUUCCUCUGUAUGGUUUCAGAGUAUAAAUCCUAUGCUCAGCGUGUCUUCAAGCCGUUUAUGAUGCCUGGUCCUGGAACAAGUGUGACGAGAUGGUCUUCCCCUCCAAUUGGAUAUAUUAAGGUCAAUAUCGAUGCUCAUGUGCCUACAAUGGGUAUGGCAAGUUUAGGGGUAGUAUGCAGGGAUGCUCAGGGGUCUAUUACUGCUACGGCUACAAGAAAAAUCCAUUCAACAUCUCCAGAGUGUGCUGAAGCUCUGACAAUCCGCUUUGCCUUACAGGUUGCAAGGAGGCUCGGUUUCUCUAAGAUCCAAGUUGAAUCUGAUGCUUGGAAUGUGGUUCAAGCUGUGAAUGUGGAUGAUGGUGGUGUGUCUCCAAUUCACUCAAUUUAUGAUGAUAUUAGACAAGAUAGGUUGCUCUUUGAUGAUUGUUCUUUUGCUCAUGUUAACCGUAAAUUUAAUACGGUGGCUCAUUUAGUUGCUAAAGGUGACACCGGAAACAAUGUUGAAGUUGUACGUUUAUGUUCCUUUCCUCAAAGUAUAACAACUUUGGCGGAAUUGAACCUUAUUUAA